AUGGGUUUCCAAUGCAACAUUACAAUCCUCAUUGUAAUGUUAUUCUUCUUACUUACAGGAUAUGAAACGUUAGCUGCUAGAUUCGAUGAACGUGAGGUUCCUUGGAAUCUGAAUCAAAACCGUGAAGCUGUGGAUCCUCUGGAGUACUGGGGUGAAUGGGAGAAUCACAGGUUCUUCCCUAGUCCAGAUGAUUGGAGAGUGCCGUUUUACACAAUUAUCUUAGACAAAUGGAAAGAUGGUGAUCCCACGAACAAUGAAGCGAACAACACUGUGUAUGAGUAUGAUAUACGCGAAACGGGAUUUAGAAGUGGAGGAGACAUCGUUGGUCUGAAAGAAUCUCUGGAUUAUCUAGUUUCUAUGGGUAUAAAGGUUAUUUAUAUCGCAGGUACACCGUUUUUAAAUCAGCCUUGGGGUGCAGAUCAGUAUUCACCGCUGGACUUCACCAUCCUCGAUCAUCAUUCGGGUACGAUCGAACAAUGGAGAGAUACAAUAGAAGAAAUUCAUAGAAGAGGGCUGUAUCUGGUCUUGGAUUUGACCGUAGCUACAUUAAGUGACUUAGUUGGGUUUAAGAAAUAUUUGAACACAACCACGCCUUUUUCGUUAUUUGAACACGAAGCAGUUUGGAAAAACGUGCAAACUUACCCCGAUUGGAAAUUUUCCAAUGAAUAUGAUCCAGACUGUGAACUUCCUAGAUUCUGGGGAGAAGAUGGUGUUCCUGUGAUCAUUGAUUAUGUUGGAUGUUACGAUUCUGAUUUCAACCAAUAUGGCGAUACGGAAGCUUUUGGUACGCAUCCUGACUGGCAACGUCAGCUUUCAAAGUUUGCAUCGGUUCAAGAUCGCUUAAGAGACUGGAAACCAUCUGUUUCCGAAAAGCUCAAGCGGUUUGCCUGUAUAGUAAUCUCUUCUCUAGAUGUUGAUGGAUUUCGUAUCGAUAAAGCAACACAAAUUACCGUCGACUUUCUUGCUUCAUGGGCUACCUCCGUCCGUGAAUGUGCUGCGAGUUACAACAAAAAGAAUUUUUUUAUUCCAGGUGAAGUAACAGGUUCAUCCAGCUACGGAUCCAUUUACUACGGACAAGGACGGCAACCUGAUCAAAGGCCGCCUUCCAUUUGGUCUUCCUUGAACACAUCGGAAUUAUUAAAAGAAAAUUAUUUAAGGGAGCCUGGGAACAAUGCUCUUGAUGCUUCUGCAUUUCACUAUUCUGUGUAUCGGGCAAUCACAAGAUUUCUGCUAAUGGACGGUGAUUUACAGGUUCCCUAUGAUCUUCCUGUCGAAUUCACUGAUCUUUGGAAUGUAAUGACAAUUAACGAGGAUUUCUUUAAUCCCAAUACUCAUUCAAUUGAUCCUCGUCAUUUACUAGGUGUAACAAAUCAUGAUGUUUUUCGGUGGCCUGCUAUAGAUGAUGGCACCGAACGUCUUCUAUUAGGAACUAUGGUAACUUAUUUUCUGUUUCCAGGGAUUCCUUCAAUUUAUUAUGGUGAUGAACAAGGAUUGUAUGUUCUAGACAAUACUGCUGAUAAUUAUUUGUACGGUAGACAAGCUAUGCCUUCGUCCCCUGCCUGGAAAAUACACGGCUGUUAUACGCUUCUGUCUGAUCAGUACCCAAAUAUGCCUUUUACUAAAGCUUUGAACGGUUGUACGGAUGAUUGGAAUACUUUAGAUCAUUUUGAUUUUGCAAAACCAGAAUUGCAAAUGCUGAAAAUUUAUAAUCAAAUCCGAGAUCAUUAUCCUGCUGUCAAGGAUGGCUGGAAGUCAACAAAAAUUUCUAAUUGGACUAGUUAUACCCAACUUCCGUGUAGUGGGACGAUUCCAACUGAAAUUGGUGUCUGGAGCAUCGUAAGAGGAUUCCUAGAACCUCUCCAAAAAGCAUCCGAUUACCAGAAAGAGAACACAUGGAAUGGCGACUUAUGGUUUUUGUAUACUAAUGAAAACAAAUCUGUGACACUUGAUUUUCCUUGCUCUUCUUCGAAAGCUAUUCUAUCUCCUUAUCGGGAAGGUAUUGUCAUCAAAAAUCUUAUUUAUCCAUAUGAGGAAUAUAAUUUGGUUGAAUCUAACACGUAUGCAAGUCAAUUAAAGUCUUAUUAUGGUUGUAUUCGUCGAAUUACUCUUCCUGCCUGGGGCUUCAAGAUUUUUGUUCCCAAAGAUAAAUUCAUCAAAUAUCUUCCUCGUGUUACAUCUUUUAGUCCUGCCCAUGAUUCUAGGCUGCUAAAUGAGGAAGGUCGUUGUAAAUUUCAAAUAAGGUUUUCCGAGGAAGUAGACUGCGAUGAUGUUAGCAAAAAGAUAUCCUUUGUUUCUAAAACAGAAACAAACAACGUUAUUGAGCUUGAUAGAAGUUCAGUUGUCUGCCAGAAAGUGAACCAAUCCGAAACCGAGUUUUAUUUUGGAUACCCGACCGCUAAGUAUAUAUGGUCAGGCUUUCUCAAAAAUAUCCAUGAUGGGAUUCAUCAAGUUAUUCUUCCAGAGGUUUAUAGUGAUGAUCAUAAAACGAAAAGUGAUUCUCUUUAUCGUGUUACACUCAGGUUUGGGAAACCUGACAAUCCAAUGAUUUUCCAGAAUGCAAGCAGGGCCUCUGAUUUGCUAAUAGAGAACGAUGAAAAGUUGUAUAUAAAGCACAAGGCAGCUGGUGCUGACUUAUUCCGUUAUUCUUUUGAUUUCGGUCUCACUUGGUCUGAAUGGGAACCGUAUCAAGAUUCAUUGACAGAAUGCACUUCUUUUGCAAGAAAUAUAUCCAAAAAGACUUGGGAUGGUCACCAUGUGUCAGUACAAUACUGGAGCCGUCUUGCUGCGUCACCUAAUCAUAUGCAAGAAGGAAGUAUAGGUAAACUUGGUUCUUUCCCGCAGCUAUAUAUGAACGGCCCGUACAAUGAAUGGGGUUUUGAUUCAGGUAUACCUAAUAAACUAAAGUUAAAUGAUGAUUUCACUUGGAGGAAGACACUUAUUAGUGAGGUAUUUCCAUCAAAGUUGCAAUUUAAUGUUUACAAUGUUGAUGAAUUUGGGAGGCCUGAUCAGAAAAGAGUUUAUGGCUCUAAUGGAAAUAGCACCGUUCUUUCACGACUUCCUCCAUCUGAACUUAAGGAGUCCGUCAUUUUAAUUCAUAAUCCUCCUCCAAAAUCGUACUUGUCCUGGGAAGUAGUUAUCGACGAUCUAAGCAGAAGAUUUACAUUCGUUCCUAAAGGAUCAUCAACCGUAUCCAUUAUAUUGUUUGUCUCAUUUGCAUCAACUCCUAUGUUGUGUGCGGUUCUAACUGUUUGGGCCUUCAAAACUUAUUUUUAUAAAGUUCGACUUACUGAUGGUGACCAACUAAAGCCUGUUUGGAAAGGGAAAUUCUUCAAGCCUUUCAAAAAAGCUGAUCAAGUAAAAGCCUGGCAACAGUCGCCGAUUGAAUUGGAAACAAUUCCGAAAUCUGAUUCUGCUAAAGGGAAAUUCCUAAUCUUAGUUGCAACGCUUGAAUAUAACAUUCCAGACUGGCAAAUUAAAAUUAAAAUUGGCGGAUUAGGAGUAAUGGCAGAGUUAAUGGGGAAACACCUACAGCACCAUAAUUUACUAUGGGUUGUACCCUGCGUUGGAAAUGUUGAGUACCCUGUGGAGGAAGAAGCCGAGCCUUUAAAAGUUGUUGUCUUGGAUCAAAUAUAUCAAGUUAAAGUUUAUAUUCAUCAUUUAUCUAAUAUCACCUAUUUAUUAUUGGAGGCUCCCGUUUUUAGGAAGCAAACGACUUCUGAGCCUUAUCCACCUCGCAUGGAUGACUUGAGCUCUGCUAUUUUUUAUUCAGCCUGGAAUCAAUGUAUUGCUGGGAUUGCUAAAAGAUAUCCAAUUGAUUUAUAUCACAUAAAUGAUUACCAUGGUGCUUUGGCACCUCUAUACCUCCUUCCGAAAAUUAUUCCUUGUGUUAUGUCUUUACAUAAUGCAGAAUUUCAAGGUUUGUGGCCUCUCCGAACAUCAGAGGAGAAAUCCGAAGUUUGUGCUGUAUAUAAUUUAUCUAUAAAAAUUUGCACUAAAUAUGUGCAAUUUGGGAAUGUUUUUAAUCUAUUACAUGCAGGUGUUUCCUAUAUUCGGAUUCAUCAAAAAGGCUAUGGUGUCGUGGGUGUUUCAAAUAAGUACGGAAAACGCUCCAGAGAUAGAUAUCCUAUAUUCUGGGGUUUAAAAAAGAUUGGGAAACUCCCCAAUCCUGACCCCGCUGACACCGCCAGCCUUGAUCCUAAAAGUGAGAUUUCUGAUUCAAUAGAAAUAGACGAAAAAUGCAUAGAAUCAAAAAAAAGGAAUAAAAGAGAAGCACAAAGCUGGACUGGGCUUAAAAUCGACGAUUCUGCUGAUCUGCUCGUCUUCGUAGGCAGGUGGUCCAUGCAGAAAGGUGUUGAUUUGAUCGCUGAUAUAGCACCAGCUCUUCUUCAAGAUUUCAAUGUUCAAAUUAUUACAAUUGGCCCAAUUAUUGAUUUAUACGGAAAGUUUGCUGCUGAGAAGCUCGACUUUUUAAUGAAGAAGUAUCCAAACCGAGUGUACUCAAGACCUGAGUUUACCCAUUUACCUCCGUGCAUAUUUAGUGGAGCUGAUUUUGUCCUAAUUCCUUCAAGAGAUGAGCCUUUUGGGUUAGUCGCUGUUGAAUUCGGCAGGAAAGGAGCUUUGGGAAUUGGAGCGCGAGUAGGCGGUUUAGGACAAAUGCCAGGAUGGUGGUAUUCCGUAGAAUCGAACACCACAUCACAUACACUUCAACAAUUUGAGGAAGCUUGUCGAAAAGCAUUAAGUUCGUCUGAGCUACAAAGGGCUCGUAUGCGGGCUCAAUCUGCUCGCCAAAGGUUUCCAGUGUUAGAAUGGACGGCAAAAUUGGAUGAUUUGAUGAAAAAUAGUGUAGUGAUGAGCAAAAAAUACAGAAAAGUCUCCGAAAAACCUUCAAAAUUUGGCUCUCGUUUUGCUUUCCCUUUACAGAAAAGUCUAUCAAGCUUACGUUUGUCUAAUAACGAAAGCAACGAAAGUUUCAUCGAUGAAGUGAAUGAUGAGGAAUGUAUUUCCUCUUCUCUUAACCAUCAAUCUGACUUAAACAGAAUGUAUUCUUUAGGGUCUAAAAAAGGACCCGGCCAUCGAUCAACCUCAAAUAAUGAAUUUCUUAUCGGUCUUUCAAAAACCAAGGACUCUGAAAAUGAUGAGGACUCUGAAACUUCAGAACCUUCAUAUCAGCCGUCUAUGAGAGUAAUAUCUGAAUAUAGUACUCCCUCGGAAGAGCCCAAGAACUAUGAGCCUGAGCAUUGGAACGGUGAUAUACCUCUAUGUCAAUGCUGCGGAAGAAAUGACCAUUCGGUAUAUGACAGUUCUUCAGAAGACAUCCAUCAAUCAAUUAUAUUACAUAAUGAGCGUUACGAAAAACAAAAUGAUUCUCAACUAAGUUUGGCUUCUGUCAUUACUUCAAGUGGAAACAAAGAGUUUGCUCUAACAAAAACAGAUGAUGACUUUACAGAUACUAAUGGUAAAGCACUCGAGUAUUUUAUCCAAAACUUAAAAGAUCUUACCCCAAAGAACUCUAAGGAUGACCUAUGUAUUGAAAUGUUUAUCACAAAGAUGAAGAAAGAAUGGUUUGAUGGUAUUAGAAAUCUUCGGUUUGGAAUUCAACGCCCCAACUUGCUCCUGGACGAUGAAGAUAAACAGCUUCUAAUGAACGACCCUUUUAACAAAAUAACAACGGUACUGGAUAAUCUGUAUAAUAAAGAGCUUAUUAUUGAUUACAGUUCUUCAGUGGAUUUGUCCAUAAACAAAACAUCAAGGAUAAAGUAUUUUAUGCAGCGUAGAUUCGGUGAAUGGCCGGUCUAUUCCAUAUUCCUUUCUUUUGGACAAGUACUAGCAGCUAGUUCCUAUCAACUGAUACUUUUAUCAGGAUCUUCAGCGCAAUAUGCCGAACAACUAUACAUUGUUGGCAGUAUCUUUGCAGUCUCCUCCGUUGUUUGGUGGUAUAUUUAUCGAAAAUUACCAAAUAUCGUAUGUUUGACACUACCGUUUGGACUAUACUUUCUCGCUUUUACACUCAUUGGGGUAUCUUCUUUUAUCCAGACGAGCACCGCAUUUCGCAUAUGGAUUAGUUAUUUAGCGGGCUGGAUAUAUAGCGUUGCUUCUGCUAGUGGUUCUUUGUACUUUUCUUUAAAUUUUGGAGAUGAAGCUGGAGCUAGUGUGAUUGCUUGGAUUAUACGAGCAUGUAUCGUUCAAGGACUACAGCAAGUAUGGGCAAGUUGUCUUUGGUAUUGGGGGUCAAAAAUCGACCGUCUACUUCAAGAUCAUCGGUUGUUUCCGCAUGAUGUUUAUCCUUUAGGAGCGGUAGCCGCAGUUGCCUGGCCCUUAGCAAUCUUAAUGUUAAUAUGUGGUCUUUUACUUAUUUUUGGAUUGCCGGAUUAUUACUGGCAAAGCCCCGGAAACAUUCCUGCGUUUUAUACCGCAUUACUCAGAAGAAAGCUUGUAUUGUGGUUUUUAAUUGCGACUGUAGUCCAAAAUUAUUGGUUAUCAACUUUAUACGGUCGAUCGUGGAAAUACCUAUGGGGCAGUUCGAUAAUUGCUCCUUGGAAAAUUUUAAUCUUUUCAUUUUCCUUUUUUACAAUGUUAUGGGUGUCGACGAUGAUAUUGCUGGGAUGGAAAUCCAGAACUCAUACAUGGCUCUUACCGGUUUUCGGAAUCGGACUAGGGUCUCCACGAUGGUUGCAGAUGAUGUGGGGAACCAGCAAUAUAGGCGUUUAUCUUCCAUGGUCGGGUUCCGCGAGUCCCAUCGUUGGCCGUCUUCUAUGGCUUUGGUUGGGCGUAUUAGAUUGCAUACAAGGAGUAGGCAUAGGCAUGAUACUUUUGCAAACUUUGACGCGAAGGCAUUUAGCAACUACCUUAAUUGCUGGACAAAUUGUGGGUACCAUUACUUCGAUGAUAGCGAGGGCGACGGCUCCUAAUCGAAUUGGACCAUCAUCUGUUUUUUUGGAUUUCACAUCUUGGCAAUUUGAAGAUGGAAUGAAAAUCUUUAGGAAUGUGCCAUUUUGGGUCUGCUUACUGUCGCAAGUAAUCGUGAGUGCAGGGUAUUUAUUAUUUUUCCGAAGAGAAAAUUUGAGUCGUCCAUGAUUGGCAGGUACUUUUUUUUCGAAAAUGAUCAUCAUUAGUUACGAUUAAAAAAGUUGUAUUCAAAAUAGAGGGUUUCACCUAUGAUACUAGGAGUAAAGUAUAAAAAAGUUUUAAUAAAACUAUGAAUGAGUUAACAAGAGUUAUGCAAUUGAUUAUGAAUUUUACAUCAGUGAAAAUUACUGUAUCGAAGGGGACUGAAAGAUUCAUU